AUGGGAAAAAAAUCUACAGCUUCUGUUGCCAAAAGUAAGGAAAAGCGACAGGCGAGGAAGCUAGAACAGCGUCGAAUAGCAGAUGGAAUGAAUUAUGUAAAUUUGGCAAAUAAGUUAACCGACUUAGCAUCUCUUUGUAAAGAAUUAUUGGUGUUUCAAAAUAAUGAUAUGGAAGUGGACAUGUACAUACAAAGGGUAACUGAACUUGACAAGAAUGUGCUAGAUUGGGCUAUAAAUUUAACAGAAAAAAAUAUGAAAAAACUAUAUGAAACAUGCGCAUGGGGGUGGAAUCGUGAGCGUAAAGUUGAGGAAAUGACUGAUGACUCUGCAUGGUACCUCAUCGCAAGAGAAAAGAAAGGCAAGCUGCUGGCAUUCUCACAUUUCAGAUUUGAUAUGGAUUUUGGAGAACCAGUAUUAUAUUGGUGA